AUGAUUAACAACUAUAAUUCCGUUCUUUUAAAUGUAUGGGAAGCAAAUAUGGACUUACCACCCUGUAGGACUGUAACAGCUGUUACGUAUUAUAUUGGCAAGUUUGCUAGCAAGUGCAAACCCAAUUAUUGUGGCAAUGUUUUAAGGGAAGCGGUACAAAAAGCAAAACGUCAAAGUAAUGAUGUGUGGAAGCAGUUGUUUGCUAUUUCUAUGGCGAUUCUUGGUCAACGAUUAGUUAGUGCCCCAGAACCGGCGUAUCGUCUCUGCCAUUUACCUAUAAAGAUGUGUACAAGAAAAACUGUUUUCGUAAAUAGUUGUCGUCCGGAGCAACGCCACCGACUUCUGCGAUUUAUUGAAGACGAAACAUUUGUUUUCAACAAUGUAUUCCAUCGUCACCAACAAAGAAAAGUCAAACAAUUCGCCCAUGCCGAACAAGUCAUACAACAAGCUCUGAUUCAGGCUGUAGCACUCAAUACGGUGAAGCACGAUGACAAUUCUACAGAAGAUAAUGAGAAAAUCUACGCCGAAGACCCAAUCAAUGCGUAUAAUUAUGAUGAUUUCAUUGAAAAUAAUGGUCCUUCCGCUAGGCCUGAUGAAGUCUUCACAACUGGAAUCAGAAUCCUAAAUGUUCAACAAAAGGAUUUGUUAAAACAAGUGGCGGAUACCAUUGAGAGGGACAUCAGGUUAAAUGAUAAUCUACAGCCGUUGUUAUUAUUUAUCACGGGUGGAGCGGGCAUCGGAAAAUCAUUCUUAUUAAAAUUAAUUGUUGAGCAUAUCAGGCGUUGCUAUGCUCCAACCGUGGAUAUUAUGUUUUGUACAACAAGCAAAUAG